AUGCUGGGCAGCGAGAACUUGCACGACGAGGAGAGCAGCGAGAACAGCGAGGACGAGCCGAUCCACGAGUGCCCGGCGGAUGUUUUGUUAACUGGGAAGGCCGUUCGCUCCGAGAUCAAGCUCAAGGACCUGAAGCCCGAGGACCGCGCAAAGUUUGAAGCCUCUAUGGCUAAGGAAUGGUCAUCUAGGAUGAAGUUCGAUGCCGUGCAAGAGCUCACUGCCGAAGAGAUUGCCCAGCUGCCCCCGGACACGAAGAUCAUCGGGAUGCGGUGGGUUCACACCGACAAGAACGACAAGCCACGACUUCUUGCCAAAGCCCUGGCGAAGAGAACUGGCAAGACCGCCGACCAGAUCAAGAAGGAGUUCCCGUUCGAGGCCAAAUCCCGCAUGGUCGUGCAAGGGUGCCAGGAGAAUGACAACGGCAUUCGUUCCGACAGCCCGACCGCCUCCCUCCUGGCUUUUAACCUCGUGUGCACGGUGGCAGUGUUGCAAAGGUGGAUCCUGGUUGCCUGUGACGCCUCGACCGCCUACCUCCAGUCCCAGGGAAUAGACCGGUUGCUCAUUUUGAGGGCACCUCGGCCACCACCGCCUGGAGUUGCCCAGCACGCUCUUUUCCGGGCAAAGGGUUCCAUCUAUGGGACCAAGGACGCGGGGAGGUCAUGGUGGAAGAAGUUGUUCCGGACCCUCAGGAAGUACCGCUGGACCAUGUCAAAGAUCGAGGCAGCCCUGUUCUACCUGGUCAGCGGUGACAAGCUUGUGGGGGUCAUGCUCUCCCACGUAGACGACCUCCUGGCAGCCGGCGAGGGCAGCGACUACGAGGCCACCCUCAUGGCACUGGAGAAGGAGCUCUACCUGAAGGUCAAGCGCCAGGAGUUCCGCUUCUGCGGGAAGAACGUGAAGCAGAAGGACAACACCAUAGCGGUGGACCAGUUCGACGCCAUCGAGAGCAUAGACUACAUGCUCCUGGCCCCAGCCAGGAGGAAGCUCCCGAAUGCCACGUUGACCGAGGAGGAGAAGAGCAACUUCCGUGCUCUUAUCGGGCAGAUGGGCUGGGUCACGCGCCAGUCAAGACCCGACCUCACUGUGAACGUGAGCAUGGCUUCUCAGAGCAUGGGCCGACCGACCGUGAAGGAUGUGGUCGAACUCAACAAGGCCGUGAAGAUGCUGAAGGAGACCUCGGAGGCCAAGUGGAGGUUUGUGGCCUCGGACCUGACACUCGAGGGUCUGAAAUCACAGUGUGGAUACGUGGUCGGGCUCACGAAGGAGAGCAUCACGGACGGCUCGGAGCACCCGAUCUACCUCCUCGAGACCUACAGUGGGAGCAUAAAGCGCGUGUGCAGAAGCACACUGGCCGCAGAGUCGAAUGGAUUCUUGGCCGGCGCCGAAGCAGCGGAGUACGUGAGGAUGAUCCUGAUGGAAGUGAAGUACCCCACGGAGAGGCUCAUCGACCUGGACCGCGAGUUCAAGAAGGACCGAGUGCUCUGCUUCACCGACGCUAAGAGCCUGGAGAGCAGCAUCAACAAGGAUGCUGGGAUAUCCCAAGACAAGCGUGUCCGCAUUCUUCUGGCACAAGUGAAAGAGCUCCUGGGUCUCAACGACUACCAGGAUGACAAGAACCUAUACGCCAUCUGGGUGGAUACAAGCCAGAUCUUGGCCGAUGUGCUGACGAAGUGCGGAUGCGAGCGCGAGCCCCUGCUGAGUGCCCUUUUCAAUGGCACCUGGAGACUGGAGCCGAGCGACGAGGCCCAGCGCAAGAAGGAGCAGAUAAGGGCCGGCAGGAAGACUAGAAAAGAAGCCCUCCGCAAAGCCGAGGGGCCAGACAAGUUGCGUGGUCUGGCCGGACUUGCAGUCGGCCAGGUUCUCGAGACGAGGACUCCCGUCCUUAUCAAAGAAGACAACAGGUACGUGGAAAGUUCGAUAGUGCCUUUGUCGGUGAAGGUUGUACUGGCAGUUGCGCAGGAGCAGGUUGGAGAGCAGGUGUCUCGAUUGGCGCAAAUUCUACUCUCGAAAAUCGAGGCUAUCAGGCUCAUAACAUGUACGGGGCGGUUCAGCGGCUGCUAUCCUCAGGGAGUGGUGGACCAGACCAUGGCUGAGCUGUGUUCGUAUAUCAACGGCCUUCAAGGUCGACUGAACUCUCUCGGAGGCGAUGACCACGUUUGCGAGGCACUGUUUCAACAUGGCGAUGGUGGAGCUAUGCUGCGCGCCAUUGCUACGCCUCUGCAGAAGUUUGUCGAACUUGCCUUUCCCAGAGCAGCACCGCCUGCACUUGGCAACUUUGGCUCUCGAUUCAACUUCGAGUAUUUCUUCAGUGAAAGAGCAAAGGUGGUCCUGGAGCGCGGAGGCACGGUCCAACCGGCACGACUCUCGUAUCCACCCAUCUUCAGUCCAGGGGGUAUAUGCUCCAUGGAGAACGAUGACACCACGCAGAGCAUUGGACCUGAUGUUGCAUACGUGCUGACGAAGCUUCGGCAAGCCAAGGACUGCGCGUGGCAUUUGCUGCUCGCAAGCAGUGUGACCAUGUCGAACUUCGUGGUUAAUUUUGGAGCUGCCGAUGGCGAAUGCGGCUCCGAAGAGGACUGGAACGCGGACCCUGCAAACUGCCUUACCGCAGAAGGCUACUCGGCAGUUCUUGUAGAAGGAGAUCAGAAGUUCUUCGAGUCGUUGCGCGAUCGAUACGGAAAUCGAUCCGAUGUUUCCAUGGCGCAAGAGCCAGUAGAGGACUUCUUCAUCGGAUAUUUCUCCAGAGAUCUGGUUUUCGAGUACUGGGCCGGCAAUCCAUCCAACGAGAUUUUUCACGGUCACAUCACCGUGGCUGCUUUUCCAGACGUGGACGGAAGUCAUGGAGCAAAGCAAAGCUCAGAGUAUCUCUUGGCAUUGCAGAUGGCGUCGCCAGAGGAUGUGUCAUGGCUAGUCCGUUCAUUUCACGGACGACCCUACAAUGCCAUCGAAGCAAGCAUCUGUAGCCUGCAUCCGGUGCUGAGUAGUCAGACAGGAUGCCUAGAGGAGAAUGCAAGUCCCAGUGCUGAAAACUGCGCCCUUGCGAAGCGACGGUCCCCAGUGCUGCCGCCGCUGCCGCCUGCUUUGCCGCAGUCGGUCGAUGACAAACUUCAUUCAUUGGCCACUGGUUCAACCUCGCUGCCUUCGCCUUUGAUGUUGCCUUCUGUUCCGCGGAAAUCAUCCCCCUUGAUGUCUCCCUGCUCCCAGCCAGAAGUGCCAGAGCUUUUCAUUCAAAGUGGAGCUGGCACACAUGGCAUCGUGUCUCCGACACCGACUUCGUCAGGAAAUGAGCGUUCAUAUUGCGCUGUUUGUUUUGAAACAGUGGACUCGAACCCUGCAGAGUACCAGCUGACUGAACUUGGUGGAGGCGUGCCACUGACAAUCCUGUGCGGACAUACGUUUCAUGCACGUUGCCUGUCACGCUGGUGUGAUAGCACGUGCCCAGUGUGUCGAUUUCAGCAACAUCCAUAUCAAACAUCGUCUUGCGACGUGUGUGGGCAAGUGGAAGGCGUGCAUAUCUGCCUCGUUUGUGGGUUUAUUGGUUGUACAGCUCAUCCCGGUCAAGGGCAUGCUCAACAGCACUUCGAAGCAACAUCUCACGCAUACGCGCUGGACGUGAACACACAGCAUGUCUGGGACUAUGCUGGGAAUGGAUACGUGCACCGCUUGCUCUACAACGAUCAGGAUGGCAAGAUGGUAGAGCAUUCAGUGCCACAAGAUUCCAACGAGUCUUUGGCCAUCUCUGCCCAGUCUGUGUUUGGUGGCCUUCGAUGGGCAGACAUGGAGGACGACGACUGUGACAAGAUCGCAGCGCUGUUCACUCGAGCGUCAGCCGUGAGCACUUCUUCUGGAGCGAAGAAACAGGAGGCCAUCGUGGGGGAGUUCAACAACUUGCUGUCUUCGCAAUUGACCGCUCAGCGGCAACAUUUCGAUGAGCUGAGGCAGGACAUUGAGAAGCACGCGGCCAGUGAAAUUGAGGACAUGGAGGCACAGGUCGCGACUGCAAAAGGAACGGCAGAUUCCGUCCACAGGCCGGGCUAG